ACUAAUAAUUUAUAUGCAUUAGUGACAAAGACGACAAACAGAAAUACUAAAAUAACAUGCAAACAAACAAAACACGUUCAUGUCACUGGCUGAACAACAAAUAUAAAAGUAAAACCAGUUUGGGUUCAAAAAGAAGAAAAACACAUUCCUAUUAUCAGUUACAGGUAGAGAUGGAAGCACACUCCUCCGCACCUACUACCGUCCUCGUCAGCGUCGCCCAGGCGUCCACUGUCUUCCAUGACACUCCCGCCACUCUUGAUUUAGGCGUUACAAUCGAUCAGCUGUCCAUUAUAUUAUAUGUACAUGUAUGUAUGAUUUCAGACAAAGCGGAGAAAUUAUUGGGAGAAGCAGCUAGAUCUGGAUCGCAAUUAGUAUUGUUUCCAGAAGCAUUUGUGGGUGGGUAUCCUCAUUUAUCAGGUUUUGGCUCAGCCAUCGGCGGAAUGUCAGAAGAGGGCAGACAAGAGUUCUGCCAGUAUCGUGCAGCAGCCAUUCAGAUACCUGGUCCUGAAGUGGAUCGAAUUGCAGCAAUGGCAGCAAAGUACAAGGUAAAUGUAGGCAUGGGUGUGGUAGAGAAAGAGGGAUACACUCUGUAUUCGACUCUGCUGUUGUUCGAUUCUCAAGGGCGUCUCGUGGGAAAGCACAGAAAACUGGUUCCUACAGCAGUGGAGCGUAUAUUUUGGGGACGUGGUGAUGGAUCAACGUUUCCAGUUCUUCAGAGUCCUUUUGGAAAAAUCGGUGGCGCCAUUGGUUUGGAAAACAGAAUGCCACUUCUAAGGGCAGCAUUGUAUGCUAAAGGUAUAGAAAUGUAUUGUGCGCCUACAGCAGAUUGCAGGCCAACAUUUCAUGCAACGCUGAAGCACAUUGCUAUGGAGGGCGGAUGUUUCGUGCUGUCUGCUAAUCAGUUUUUGCAGGGGAAAGAUUUGCCACCGCUUUUGUCGGGCGCAGAAGAAGUAAAGCCAGAUUCAGUUGUGAGCAGCGGAGGAAGUACCAUUAUAUCACCCUUUGGAAGGGUUUUAGCAGGACCUAAUCAUGAUGGAGAGGCACUGCUCACAGCAGAAAUAGAUGUUGGAGAAAUAGCAAAGGCGAAGUUCGAGUUCGAUGUGGCAGGGCAUUAUUCAACACCUACGAUUCUGAGCUUGACCGUAAAGGACCAUCCAACUAAAACUGUUACUUUCACAGCUGCAGAAGCAAAAACUGAUAUGUAGCAAUGGGUCGGACUACAGUCCAGCUAGACCGGUCCAGCUCAAGAGAGUGAAAUAUUGUAACCGCUGAAUAAGACAAAAAUGACUUGUUACUUCAUGAGUCAAUGAAGUAAAAAUAUUUUACUCAUUUCAAUAUUUACAAACACAUUCUCAUAAAUAAAGAAAAUGAAUAUAGUCUCUAA